AAACGAGUGUCAGGAUGCUUUGAUUGAGAGUUCCUCCAUGGCGGAAUGGGGCUGGACUGGAUGGAUGGCCCUUGCAAGGGUCUUGUGGAUAGACCCCUCAGGCCUUGCCAUUCAGCAACGGAACAAUACAGAGAUCGACACGUAAAUCGCUUCCUCUCAGCCAACUUUAUAUACAGUAUACUCCAUGCCAGCAUUCUCUGAGGAUGGCAGCCCAGAUGAGAAACGUCGGGAAGGAACCCUUCUAGACCGAAACACCCACAAAAGGCUAUGGAUGCCUUCGGCUUCCCUGUCUUGGAGAGUUUUGAGAGCGCUUUAACUGCUCUGGCUCCAUGCCAGGGAAUCCUGGGAGCUGUAGUCUGUCGUGCCACAAGCGCUCUCUGACAGGGAAGGCUCAGUGUCCCACAAACAAGCAUUUAUUGCUGCUGUUCUACAACAGGGAUCCACCUCUGAGAGCCAGUAUGGCGCAGUGGUUUUUGAGUGUCGGACUAUGACUGUGGAGGCCAGGGUUUGACUCCCAGCUCGGCCACGGAAACCCACUGGGUGGCCUUGGGCAAGUCACACUCUCUCAGCCUCAGAGGAUGGCAAGGGCAAAAAAACAACCCUCUCUCUCAUCAAAACGUGGCUAAGAAAACUCCAAUAGGAAGCGGCUUCUAGGCACGCAAUAACAGCAACAACCACAAUCCCUCUGAGGUCGCACGCCGGGAAAAGGCAGUAUUAUAGAUAUAGGUGACUUUGAAGAAUUCACAUCUAAUAAUGAUGAUGUUAUUCUCCGAAGUAUUGCUGAAGAUCUUCGACUUUCUUUGCCCACUGAUGCAAUACUCAACUCAGAGCAUCUUCCUCUCCAAAAACUACAAGAACAAACAAAACCAACUGUUCAUAUUGAUGCAUUCCUUUAUGAUGAUGACUAUAUUGACUCAUUGUGUGAAAGAGGAAAGAUGAGCAGAAACUACUGUCUAACCUGUGGCUCUCAUCAGACAGCACCAUUAGAGUUCAUUUCCCAUUCAUUUUCUCUCAUGGAAGUGAAGUUUCUGUAUCAGCAUGUACUGCCAGACCUGACCGGAAAGGUUUUGGUUGAUGUCGGCUCCAGACUUGGUGUGGUCCUGUUUGGGGGCUACUUUUAUAGCUCAGCAUCUCAGCUGUAUGGUGUUGAAAUAAAUGCAGACUUUUGCCAGUUGCAGGAAGCUAUCACUGCAAAAUACCAGCUGUGUGACAGAGUAAAGGUGGUUAAUGCAGACAUUUGUACCCAGGCUUCUCUUCUUCAGAAUGCUGAUGUUGUUAUAAUGAAUAAUGUAUUUGAAUAUUUUUUGGACAGAUCAGAGCAGGCCAGAUGCUGGGAAUUCAUCUAUCAGAAUGUAAGAAAGAAAGGGUCAUUAUUAGUGACAAUCCCAAGCCUUGAGAAAUCUUUUUCAGAUCUUCAGAUCAUUCCACAAUUGGGAGAGGGGAGCAGACAUAUCCUCAGGGAAACCAUUGCCAAUCUAGUCCUGCCAGUUGGAACAAACAUUUACAGGGUGGUUCAUAUGAGAGAAGAAGAUCCUGUACGAGAUCUGGACCCAAACAAUGUGAAUAUUCAGUUGAAUCAGUGGGUAGAAGCAGUGCCAUUGGACUAUGAUGUAUUCUUGGAAGUAGAUGCUGAUAGAGAAGCACUUGAAGAAAUUUACUUAUACAAGAUUCUCUAAUGGCAAUUGUUUUAUUGUCUGCUGUUAAGAAUUUAAUCAGCUCUUUUUUACAUUGCUACUUAUGGCAAUAUCUUUAAAGAAAAUGUUCGGUCAGAUGGCCAAUGUACAUUCUUGGUAACCCCGACUUGCUGUGUUACUUAUUUGGUUUGCACACAGAUUUUCUGGGGUUUCUCUGCUUGGAUGGUGGGACCCAUUUGUCUUCUCUUGACAAUUCAUCAGGCAGAAUUCAAUGGAUGACAUGCACUAAAUGAUAUUUGCCCAGUUCCAGAAGUGUGUUUUCCUCGUUGUCCAUAUUCUUUCGUCUGUUUAUUGAAUCCUGACCAGACUGACUAGUAGUUGGCUGUUCGUCUUGUUCUUCUUGCUCAACAGUUGGACACUGGGUUUCACAUGCCCCUUCUAUCUUCUCAUCAGGCUUAGGUGUGAAUGCCUUUAAGUGCCAUUUGAGCAGCACCUGGAUGGGCAUUUGGGCACCUGGCUCCAGGUGAUGGCAAUACUAGGGACACCACUGUUUAAUCAAAGCAAAUAAAAGAUCAGAAGAGUACAUUUUGGAUAACCCACACCACAGUUAGCUUUAUUCUUAAACAAUCCAAGCUCUCUUCAAUGCUGUUCAAAACAGAAAUAAAGAUUGUGUUGGAUGUA